UCACGUGGUCUCGUUUACGCGACCGGCGAGAGGCGAGGUUAGGUUAGACGCGUUUCGCGACAUCGAUCCCCCGUGGAUAAUUGAUUGAAUUUUGCAAACUUUGAUUUUAUCACCCGUAAAUAUAAUCCGAAAAUUUUGAGAGAAUGGACUCGUUGGCGACGGGGAACUUGACCGGUUUGCAGCGGGACGAGCUGAUGCAACAAGUGAAGCAACAAAUAGCGGUUGCUAAUGCCCAGGAAUUGCUCACGAAAAUGACGGAAAAAUGCUUCAAAAAAUGUAUAGGCAAGCCGGGCACCUCGCUGGACAGCUCGGAACAGAAAUGUGUAGCAAUGUGCAUGGAUCGAUACAUGGACUCAUUCAAUCUUGUAUCAAAAACGUAUAGCGAACGACUUCAAAGAGAACGCAACAGAAUGUAAAUACUGGAAUUUAUGGAAAUAUAUUGUUACUUGUUAUAUACACUGUAAUUUAAUGACACCAUUGCAGUGUCAUAUACUGUCUGUUAGUUAUAGAAAUAUAUUUGUACAUUGCCAGGUAAAAGGUACAUUAUCAUAUCACUACUAGUUUUCUCUCAAGGCAUUUAAUACGAUGCAUUAUUGUAAAUAACGUAUGAUACUAUUAAAG